AAGGUACAACCAGUCUGUUAAAUCUUGAAGGCUGUCCACUUGUGAUGAAACUAGCGGCAGUAUGUUCCCGCCGCUUCUCCACCUCGAAGAUCACCAAGUCCGGUCCAUAUUCCAGCAACCAGAUGGUCCAUGACCCAAUCAGGGAGCUGCACGCGCACCUUGUCCGUACCCAUCAGCACAGGAACUCGAACGCAAUGUCACCAGUCAUCAGAUCUUACGCCCUUUCUAAAAUAUCUAUCCAUAAAGCCCGUUCCGCUUUUAACGGGAUCGACCAACCCACACUGCCUAUUUGGAAUCACAUGAUACGCGCUCACUCCACAAGCGACACCCCAGUUGCCGCACUCCACAUGUUUGGGAAAAUGCGUCACUCAGGAUUGCGUGGCGAUAAUCUCACUUUUAUAUUUCUGUGCAAAGCUUGUGCUAGGGUUUUGGAUUUUACAUUCGGGAAAAUGGUCCAUGUUCAUAUUUUUAAACUUGGGUUCGAGUCGUACCUCUUUGUUUGCAACGCUUUGAUUCAUAUGUAUGGUUUUUGUGGUGACUUGUGUUCUUCGAGAAGAGUGUUUGAUGAAAUGGGUGACAAGGACUUGGUUUCUUGGAACUCUAUCAUCUGUUCGUACAGUCAAUGCGCGAAUUAUUCUGAGGUUUUGGGGCUUUUUGAUGCGAUGAUGGUGGAAAAUGUGACGGCUGAUGCUGUGACUUUGGUAAAAGUUGUUUUAGCUUGUAAUCAUUUAGGUGCGUGGAAAAUUUUGGAUUAUGUGGUGGAGUAUAUAGAGAAUAAUCGUGUUCAUAUCGAUGUGUACUUGGGCAAUACACUGAUUAAUGUAUAUGGAAGGCGCGGCUCGAUUGGAUUCGCUCGAAGGAUUUUUGACAGGAUGACUGUAAGGAAUGUUGUUUCUUGGAAUGUGAUGGUUAUUGCGACUGCCAAAUCCGGUGAUUUAUCUGCAGCCAGGAAACUCUUCAGUGAGAUGCCGGAGAGAGAUGUGAUUUCGUGGACUUCCAUGAUCACCGGAUACGCUCAGGGCAACCAACACGAUGAUGCUAUCAGUCUUUUCAAAGAGAUGAUGGUAGCAAAGGUUAUUCCUGAUAAAAUCACAGUAGCGACCGUGCUCUCUUCCUGUGCGCGUCUAGGGAGGCUUGAGAUGGGCCGGGCUAUUCAUGAUUAUGUGAUCAGUGAGAGUGUGGAAUCAGAUAUCUAUGUUGAGAAUGCUCUUAUAGACAUGUAUUGCAAAUGUGGAUCUGUUGAAGAGGCAAUGGAGGUGUUUAAUGAGAUGAAAGUGAAGGACUCUGUGUCGUGGAGCUCAGUCAUCACUGGUCUUGCUGUGAAUGGAAAAUCUAGCCGCGCUCUUGAGUUAUUCAUGGAAAUGUCGAGAGGAGGAGGAUUAAGACCGACUCAUGGAGCUUUUGUUGGGGUGCUGCUGGCUUGCGUCCAUUCUGGUUUGGUGAAGAAAGGGUUGGAAUAUUUCUGCAGUAUGCAAAAGGAUCAUGGAUUGGCACCGGAAAUGACACACUUCGGGUGUGUCGUGGAUCUUUUAUGUCGGUCUGGCGACCUUAGUAGGGCAUACGAAUUCAUAAGGAAGAUGCCUAUAGUUCCCAGUGCUGCAGUGUGGAUGAUAUUAUUGAGUGCUUGUAAAACUCAUGGUAAUCUGGUAUUAGCAAGAAUUGUUUCUGAGAAGCUUCUGGAAUUGGAUCCGGGUAAUGGUGCAAACUAUGUGCUCUCAUCCAACUCAUAUGCCAGUGCAGAGAGAUGGGAUGAUGCUAUAAAAGUGAGGGAACUGAUGGGCAGCAGGGACAUCCCCAAGCCAGUAGGUUGGAGUUGUGUAGGAACUGACAACAUUCCGAAACAUGAGAAAGAGCGGCAGUCUAUCAAAUCUUGGUGUGUGUGUCUGUUUGAAGCUGAACAAAGCAGCUAAUCUGAGGGCCCCAAGCUGGAUCCUUCCUUUUGCGGUUGCUCUAUCUUGCUUCUUUGGAUUGCUUCGAGGGAGCCCCGAUGAUGCCAAUUCCGUUUACCAGGCUUGUGUUUGGCAAUGCGAGAAGACUGGAUGUGUGAGGAAACAUUACGAGCUUUUAAAGUAAGACUGGCAAUGCGAGAAGACUGGAUAGUCCCUCUUUCUAGCUACAAUACGAGCUUUUAAAGUAAGAGCUGAUGCAAUGAGGGUCAUGAUUGCAGCUCCAGUGUUGGGCAUUCCAACAACCCACAUCUUAUUCUAUGAGUUUGACUAUAUGGUAAGCGCACUGCAAAGCUCAUCCUUCAGUUUGUGCUAUGUAGAUUAUUACUAGUAACUAAACAUGGGUUCAUAUUUUCGCCUUUCAUUAUGUUUGCACCAUAACAUAAAUAUUUCCUAAAAUUCUUCAUCCGCAGCUGUUUAGGUUUUCCGUACAGGGAGAAGCUAUCAACAGAAAUCAUCUAAGAAUAUAUAGAGGGGCUGUUGUGAUGCUUGUAAAACAUUACGACACCCCCCAGGGUAGGCGCUCAUGAAAAUAAGAAAGACUCAUGGGGCGAGUUUAAAUAUCUCGUGGACCCACUUUCAUUGUUCUCUUUUAAAUGCAGCCCAUAAAAAGAAAAAGUAUGGAGAAACCCCCAAUACUUCUCUUUCACUCUCUAUUUCGUAAAUCGUAACCUUGAUUUCAAAAUUUAGGAAUGAAGUAUGGAUUCCUUAAAUUGGUCUUAAUUCUUAUUGGUGCUCAUAGAAAACAAAUCUUUUACAUUUGUACUUUCCAGAGUACGAAUUCUAAUGUUACCUACACAAGUAACACAACCACACGUGAUGGAGAUUCCUGUGCUAUACUACUAGAAAGAAUAACUCCACAGCGCCACAUCAGCAUCGAAUUCCACGUCAUGAUAGUAGAUAGGCAGCGGCGGCGGCGGCAUCAUCAGUCCCUCAGCCAUAUCCGCCACCAAUCCAUGCAUCCCAAACGCUUUCUCAUAGUCAUCAUCAUACAUAAGCCACGGCUGAUCAGAGCAGCAGGUCUUGGCCGCCUCCGUCGCGGCCUUCCGAAUGUCCUGAGCACUCGACGACGCCGGAAUCGGCAGCCGCCAGGUGGAGUCGGCGAAGUUGAGGCAAGCGGACCGGCCUCUCAAGGCGAUGGCAGCCACGUCGUGAGCCCGGGCCGCCAUUUCGGCGGUGGCGAAGGUCCCGAGCCAGAUUCUUGACUUCUUGUUGGGCUCUCUGAGCUCGCAGACCCACUUGCCGGAGUCACGGCGACGCACGCCGCGGUAGACGGGGUGGCGCGUCUCUCGGAACUUCUUCCGGCCUGCCCGCUUCUUUGGGCUGUUGGAAGCUAGAUUGAGUUGAUCAUCUGAGACUGAGAAAUGGUCCAUCGAUAAGCACUGACUAUAUGUUUCGAGAGUGUUUUUCAGUUGUUUCAGUUUGUUGGAAUGAGUGAUACUCCAGUACUUUAUAAAUUAGUUAGACACGGAGAUGUGUAAGAUGCCAGGCUGGAGGAAGAAGGGAAGAAAAAGGAAAGUGAAGUGAUGUGGGAGUUUAUAAUAGGCCAGCUGUUUUUUUAUUCAUAAUUUUGAAUAAGUCUCUUACACCACGUGUAAAAGUCUUAACAAUGAGUGAACUUGUUGUGAUUGUGACGUUUUCCAAAAUCCAAAAGAGCCACUGCACCAUAAAUUUCUUAUUUUUCCCAUUCCCACCUGUCUUUAAGCUAGUUUGUCAUAAUUAGUUUUAUACCCCCUCGUCUCACUCCAGUAGUUCCCCGUUUAUCAUUGUAUCCCUGUUGGAGUUCCAAUUAGAAUAUUUCAUAAAUGGCAAUAGACUAUGUAUUUCACCAA